GACACCUGCCACGACACGGAAGGAAGAUUUUGUGUCAUUGAGUGAAUCCAGUAUAUACCGUAGACAUGAGGUGGCACGCUCCACAGAAGGCCAGCGCCUCCUAUUCAUGCUCUGGGAACUCAGGCAACAUGUCUGGGAAAGAGGACUUGGAAAUCAAUGAGUGCCAGUUAUCCACCAUCCAAGUGGCAACGCAUGGAGAGACCACACUAAACGGGGACAGCCAGGCAUGUGCCCGUGGUGGGGCCGUAAAGGUGGAGAAAAGGCGCAACUGGGGUUGGCUUUUGUCCGGAUUCAUCUGUUUAAAUGUACUGCUCCUGGGAAUUGUUUUUGUCAGCGGUAGCGUCUUUAACGGUGCGCAGAUUUCAACUUCACACCUACAGAUUUUCCUCAUCUUAAUCGUUCUUCUCACUACCAUAUGGAUGGUUUACUACAAAGCCCACACAGCGAGGGUGUAUCGUGCAGUACUUUACAAAGACAGCCACGCCGGACCCGUCUGGCUAAGAGCUGGCCUGGUUCUGUUUGGCAUCUGCAGUGUUAUCAUGGACAUUUUUAAGAUCGUUUACUAUGUGGGUUAUGCACAGUGCGAGUCGCCGGUGAAGAUCGCGUUUCCUGUUGUGCAAGCCGUGUUUGUUAUUGUGCAGACUUAUUUUCUCUGGGUCCACGCCAAAGACUGCGUACAGCUACAGCAAAGCAUCACACGUUGUGGUCUGAUGUUGACGUUGUCGACGAACCUUGUGGUUUGGAUGACAGCCGUGACAGAGGAGUCACUUCAUCAAACCAUUAUUCCAAGCAACGGUUCAUCUAACACCCCUCACAGCUUCAACUUGACAGAGAAAGCAGCAGACAUGAGUGACUGCGAAUGCAGCCACAACGUAUGUGACGUCUUCGAAAAGGCCUACUAUUACCUGUACCCCUUCAACAUCGAGUACAGCCUCUUUGCCUCGGCGAUGACCUACGUCAUGUUGAAGAACAUCGGCCGCCAGAUGGACGAACACCACAACCAUCAUCUCAAAUUCAGCAUAUGGGACGUUCUGGUCGGUCCGGUGGCCGGACUCAUCAUUCUGGUGGUGGGUCUGGCUACGUUUGUGGUCUACGAAGUGGACGUGUCUAAGGGAGACCCAAUCAAGAAGUUGGAAGCCCUGACCAUCUAUUACAGCAACAACAUAGUCACCGUCCUACUGAUGUCCAUAGCAACUCUGUCCGGUUGUAUUAUCUUCCAGCUGGAUAAGAGGGAGCAUGUGUCCGAGAAGAACCCUACGCGGAGUCUAGACGUGGGACUGUUGGUGGGAGCGUCGCUGGGCCAGUUCCUCAUCAACUACUUCACUAUAGUGGCUGUGCUGGCGUCAGGGGUCAAAGGACGCGUGAACAAGCUCAGUCUGGUCUCGUCUCUUCUGACCGUGAUCCAGCUGUGUCUACAGAACGCCUUCCUCAUCAAAGGCCUCCACCGAAAGCCGUUCAAAGAGACACACACGGCCACCGUCUUCGCUAACGUCAGGGUCGUUCAGAGAGACCCGGAAAGACGGGCCAGCUCUAUCGUUCCAGCACACACACUACCCAUCCCCUUGACGCUGUUUCAGAGCCGUCUCUCCUGGAAGAGGAGGAUCCUAAAGGAGAUCUGCGCCUUCUUGUUACUCUGCAAUGUCAUUCUGUGGAUUAUACCGGCAUUCGGAGCCCGGCCUCAGUUUGACAACACUGUCGGAUCAGACAUCUAUCAGUUUCAAACAUGGGUAACUGUGGUGAAUAUCGGGAUGCCGUUUGGGAUCUUCUACCGCAUGCACUCGGUGGCCAGUUUGUUUGAGGUCUGCUUUGCCUCAUAAAUACACUGAUCACACAAGAACUCUUACUGUCAGAUGAUGCACAUCACUUUGUAAUAUUAUAUAUACUAUAUAUAUAUAUAUAUAUAUAUAUAUAUAUAUAUACAUUUAUUUUUAUAGGGUAUUUUUGUUUAGCUAAAAGUUUUAUUUUUUAUCGACAAUACUGUCGUGUAUAUGUUUGUUCGAGAAUUUGUGGAUGUCUUGUGGGGAUCAUGUUGAAUGAACUGAAAUCUUAUGAAAUAUGUGUAAGAUGUCACAUAUCUAUUAAAAUUUGGCUUAACGCUGUUACAAUACUCUGAGAGUAAAGCUAAGAGCUGUACCCUUUAUAGAUUCAAUGGAUCACUGGAUUUUACUCCGAAUAAAAUGAAGGAAUAUGGUGAACUGCUUUGAUUCUUUGGAGAGAAAUGAAGGUUGAACCAAUUGCCUCGAUACAUUUAAAGUCAUGUUAUUGAUAAAACCACCGAUUAAAUUAGGAUACAAGCAAACAUUAAAAUACAUGAACAUAAUCUUGUCUAAAUACUGUCACAAAUAAAUUAAAACAUUCUGGUUAUAGUCAUCGACACGUUAAACAAUACAGAAUAUAAUACGAAGACAGACACCAUUCAACGUCGAAUAAUCAGAGAGGGUGCUCGCUGCAGAGCCAGAGUGGUAGAAGUCGGAAGGUCAAAACCCAAAACUGUCAGGGCGAGAUGCAACGAGACCUGAAACUGUACAUUUCAGAAGAAAUCUUCCCAGUUUGAGGACUGAAGAGUAAAAUCUCAGUGCUACUGUGCUGUUUGAGUGAUAUCUGCACAAAAUUGUGUGCCAUCCAGUUAUUCAAAAGUAGUAUAUACUGGAUCUAGUGGGCAGGCAUAAAGCGGGAGUUCAGCCAUAGGCUAUGUAAGGAAAUGUGUGCUAGUUGCUGCUGACAUAGUUAAUGCACUAUUUUUCUCUAAUCUUUUUCUGUCAUGACUAUGACUGAUUAUUUUCAACAUGCUCAGUACGGUUCUGUGACAAACGGCAUGAAAU